GCCAUCGAGAAUAUGAAAAUAGGAUUGAUCGCUGGGUAUACAAAUCCAUCUUAUUGCUAUCAUGGAAUUUCAUCUGCUUUCCACAACAUCUGUAACAACAGCACUCCUCCUUCUAGCGUCCAUCUUCGUAUUCAUCGUGCGCCGCCCACGAACUCCGCAGCAAGCCCUCAGCACUGCGAACAAAAUCUGCCCUCCAUCACCAGAAUUCAUCAAGCUGGGCGAAAAACUUGCUGCAGCACUUCCCGAUAGCGUUAUAUUUCCACAGGAUGCAACUUCUUUCAAGCAGUCGACGGAUGCCUACUGGGCGAAGCAGGAAACUGAAGCGGUGCCCGCAUGCAUCGUUCAGCCCACCGACGCUCGGCAAUUGAGCACUGUCGUCGGGGUCCUUAAAACCGAGUACGACGAACGACAAAAGCGCAAAGAUAGAAGUUAUGAGGAGGGAUUGUUUGCGGUUCGCAGCGGAGGUCACUCUUCUGUCUCAAAUGCUGCGAGUAUUAAAGGAGGCGUAUUGAUUGAUCUAAGCCUCAUUUGUGAGGUUGCGCCGUCAGAUGACGGAUCAAGUGUGGUGAUUGGAACUGGUGCCAAGUGGGUAGAUGUCUCUAAGGUAUUAGAUGAGAAAGGUCUUGCUGUGGUUGGCGGUAGGAAUUCUCAGGUUGGGGUGGGCGGUUUGACAUUGGGAGGCGGUAUCUCUUUCUUCUCUCCUUUAUUUGGCUUAGUAUGCUCCAAUGUUAUCCAGUAUGAAAUCGUCCUUGCCUCCGGCGAAAUCACUACGGCCUCUGCAUCACAGAAUCCUACACUCUGGAAAGCUCUCAAGGGUGGUUCCAACAAUUUUGGUAUCGUCACGCGCUUUACAGUUCGCAGCUUUCCUUCAACGAAGAUAUGGUCUGGCUUUCUCUAUAUGCUCCCUUCUCAAGCUACCAAAGUCCUCGCUGCUUUCCACGAAUCAGUUAAAAGAAAGACUGAAAGCAACUUCAUCACUUCCUACGAUUACCAUGCCUCUGGACCAAUCGUCUCUUUCUCUUAUGUUCAGCCCCUCGGCUUUCAGGUCAUCGCCGCCAAUCUCGUCUAUACCAAGCUUCCAGAGAAAGAUAACCAAUGGCCUGUGUAUUGGAAAACGUCUGCAUUUGCACCUCUGUGGCGCCUCUGGAGUACUUGUAAAGUUCGCACUCUCACCAGCGCUACUGACGAACUGUGUGCACUGAAUCCUGCUGGCAGGCGCCAGAUGUUUGCUACAACGACUAUCAAGAACGACCCUGCGACAAUCAAAGCGGUACACCAGGCAUAUCUCGAUCCCAUCAGCUCUCUGCGUGGUUGUAAGGGCUUAGUGUGGACGCUGAUCUUCCAACCUCUGCUACCAGAGUGGGCGCGCAAAGGACAUGAUAACCCGAUAGGUCUAGCUGAUGGUACCAACGAUCCACUUGUCAUUGUGGCCUUUACGAUCAAUUGGGACGAAGAUCGGGAUGAUGAUUUGGUGAAAAAGACAACACGAGAAGCGAUUGAGAAGAUGGAUAAAGCUGCAGAGGCGAAUAGGACAUGGCAUCGCUUUCGGUACUUGAACUAUUGCGCGACGUGGCAGCGACCCUUUGAAGGGUAUGGAGUAGAGAAUGUGCGAUAUCUGCAAGAGGUCAGUAGGAAGUAUGAUCCUGACGGACUGUUUCAAAAUGGUUGUGUGGGCGGAUUUAAACUUGAUCUUGAAUAGAUUGUCAAAUAAUUAUUAUAGCUACACAUGUCC